UUCCCCCUCUCCCUCCCUCUCUCUCUCUCUCCUCCUCUCCCUCCUUCGACACCGGAGAGGGAGAUGGCGGGUGUCGCGGCCGCCUCGUUCUUCUCGAACGCGUGCCGUUUCGGUGGCUGCGGGCUGCACUUCGACUCCCUGGCCGAGCUCAUCGCUCACAUCGAGGACAACCACAUCGAUACGGAUCCUAGAGUGCUGGAGAAACAGGAGCUGCAGCAGCCCACGUAUGUUGCACUGAGCUACAUUAACAGAUUCAUGACUGAAGCAGCACGCAGGGAGCAGGAGAACCAGAAGAAAAAGGUGCAGCCAAAACUGGGGCUUUCAGUUACCGGAAAUGUCUCCCGUAACAUGUCCACACCCCCUCGUCAUAGCAAUGGCAGUCUGACCCCGCCUGUGACUCCGCCCAUCACUCCUUCAUCUUCCUUCCGUAGCAGCACACCCACAGGCAGUGAGUGUGAUGAAGAGGAGGUUGAGUAUGAAGACUCAGACAGUGAUGAGUCGUGGACUACAGAGAGUGCCAUCAGUUCAGAGUCCAUCCUGAGCUCCAUGUGCAUGAACGGAGGAGACGAGAAGCCCUUUGCCUGUCCGGUGCCUGGCUGCAAGAAGAGAUACAAAAACGUGAAUGGUAUAAAGUAUCACGCGAAGAACGGACACAGGACACAGAUUCGCGUGAGGAAGCCUUUCAAGUGCCGCUGUGGGAAAAGCUACAAAACCUCUCAAGGGCUUCGGCACCAUACCAUCAACUUCCAUCCCCCACUAAGCACUUUUGGCAGCAGUUCCAGCUUCGAGUCUUCUUGGGUAAGUCUCUACAACUUUACACUCCUAGAUUUGGGCAGAUCCUCUGAAGCUCAAUCAGACUGGAUGUGGAGCAUCUGUGAACUGCAUCUUCAGCUGAUGUUCCAUCCACAGAUGUUCCACAGAAAUCCAGAGAUGUUCUCUGGGGUUCAGGUCGGAUUCAGAGACUUGUCCCAAAGAUCUUAGAAUAUACCAAAAUAGAGUAACAUAAUGCAUCUCUAUGGGAGCACAAGUGGAACAGUUCCAGUCUCAUAAAUGGGUGUGUCUCCUUGCAUCACAAACAGACCUCAGUAUUGACUUGAAUGGAGCACUGGGUCGUUCUGGUCUGCAUAAAGGCGGAUCAAGCCCCCCUCCCCCUUCCAAAAGUUAAACAAGGAAGUGGUCAUACAUUUGCGGCUCUUGCGCCACCUCAAUCCUCUCUGUUUGUCCUUCUGGUCACUGCAGCGUUGUCUUGUUGUAUGCUUUAGGUCAUUGUCAUGGUAACAGGUUCCUACCAUAUGCCUUUUACUAAUAAGUGGUUUCUGUCUGGCUGUCAUAAACUUCUGACUGAUGGAGUAUUUUGGAAAUGGAUGUUCUUUUGACAGGUUCUCCCAUCUCUGUGGAGGACUUCUCAAGCUCUUUUAGAGAUCACAUUGAAUUCUUGGUCACCUCCCUGACCAAGGCCCUUCUGGUCUGGUUACUGAGUCGGGCUGGACAGUCAGCUUUAGGAAGAGUCCUUGUGGUUCCAAACUUCUUCCAUUUCACAAUGAUGAAGCUCACUGUGCUCCUGGGAACAUUUCAAAGCUUCAGAAAUGGUUUUAUUCCCUCACUCAGAGCUAUAUCUCGACAAAGCAUAAUCAUGGAGGUUCACAGAGAGUUACUUGCACUUCAUGGCUUGGUUUUUGGUCUGACCUGCACUGUGAAUUGUUGGAUCUUACACACACACACAUCUGUGUGCCUUUCUAAACCAUUUUAAAUUAAAUAUAUAAUAUAGUAAAAUGAACACACUGUACAGUGUAUAUACAUUGUCCAAUCAGUUGAAUCGGUCACACUCUAGUCCUGUUCCAGAGACACCUCAAGAUAAUCAAAGCAAACAGGACUCAUCUGAGCUCAAGCUGGAGUGCCUUAGCCAAAGGGCAGAGUCCGUUGCUCAAUGAGAGAUUUUAGUUUCUCAUUUUUAAUGAAUUUGCAAACAUUUUUAAAUUAGUUACAAUGGAUGUUUGUCUUUUUUUUUUUACGUCUUUUAGUCUAGAAAAUGAAGCCUUUAGAAAAGUGUCAUAUCAUUUUUUUCCAGCACAUCCUAGACAGUCAGUUUUUAACUUUACUAUUUCAAUACAGUAGGCCCAAAACUGAAUAAAAAUCAGAAAAUCCGAUUGAUUGAUUGAUUGAUUGAUUGAUUGAUUGAUUGAUUUUUUUUGUUCUCAGACCCUCAAACAGACUGAUUUUUUUUUUCCUUCAAAUUAUAAAUAGAUUGGUACCAUAAUAUGGCCAAUAGGAAGAAAUUAGAGAAAAUGUAGCUAAAUACUGUUCUUUACAAUGAAAAUGCUUGUAGGACCCAGACAAAGUUGCACAGAAUCCGGGAUAUCAAAUUAAACUUUUUUUUUUUUAAUUUUCAACUGUCAAAAACAAAAACAUCAUGUGGUACCAGCAUCAUGCUGUUCCCUGAGUGGAGUAGUACUGAAGCAGCUGAUCUAAGCGAUCAACACCUCCCAUGUAAUCGUUGUAUGCAAUGAUGGGAGCAGGGCACUGAAUGUUGGUCAGCGCCCAUUUCCCGUCACUGCUCUUCACUGUGUCUCCAGCAUAGGCAGGAUGGAUGGUGGAGCACGUUGACACCUCCCGUGCAUCCAUCCAUUUCACAAAGAUGCUGGGCCCUUGCCUGAUCCACUGAAUGGUACCUCUUGUGGAGUUUUUCUCCAGGGCAUCACUUCCAAGGGGACACUCCUUAUGGUUCUCCCUGUAUGUGCCACAGGCUCCAAACUUCAUGGCUGCCAGGUCUUCAAACAGCUUACUGCUGGUUGUCCAUGUAAAUAUGGAACCCAUAACUAAGGUAAGCCAAGUGUCCCAGAUUCAUGACUGAAUCAUAGGACAGGCCAUGAACACUGCUGUUGUUUGACUUCCCGACAUACACGUUCCAUGUAGCCAUUACUGGAAUCAGCCAGCACAAAGAGCUUUAUGCCUUAUUUUCUGGGCUUCUGCUUCAUGUACUGAGUCAUGCUGGUCUUUGCUUUGGUAGCCACCAUCCUCUUAUCAAUGGCCAGCUCCCUCCUUGGGUGGUAGUGGGCUUUACAUGCAGCACCCACCUCAUCUAGCAGUGGCUGAACAUGGAACAGCAUGUCAUAGCCUGGUGUCCCCUUUUUCUCUUUGUUAUUGGCAUCCUCCUCUGGGUCACUGAUGUGCGGAUUCCAGAACAUGAGCUCAAAUCUGGUCCUCUUCAUUACUGAGGGAGGAAAAGGCACAAGACAAAAUGUGGUUCUGCCGCCAGUAAUCUUUUCAGACUCUGCAGUAACAGAAGGGACAUGUAACUGAGAAGGCCAACAAACUUUGAAAACUCUGCAUCCCCAGCAUCCUCCCAGGUGUACUUCUGCUCAGCUGUGCAUUUUUGGCAUACUUGUUGGUGUUGAUGCACACUUCCUUCAUUAAAGCUGGUGAAAAGUAGAGCUGGAAAAGGUUGAGGGGGCUGUGUGGCACAAUCAUGUCUGCACUCCUGGUGUCCUGAGGGGUUGAAAUCUCUGGCAUGAUGUCAGGGUCAUCUUGAGUUUUCCAGGCUACUAUUGAAAAUAGUAUUUUAUUUACAUUAUUAAAUUCAUCGUAUCGUCAUUUUUAUAUGAAGUAGCAAGACCAAACAAAGUUCUAGCUGGUGACUGAAGUCAGCACUUUCAGCAUACAUCGCAUAAAACAUUGACAAAAUUGCUGAGGUCGCUGAUUGGGCCAUUUGUUUGUCAUGUGAUAAUUGGCGCACCGGUGCGUCGGCCGUUCCCGUUAAAGCAUCUUUUCCCCUUUGGCAUUCUGGAUUAUUCUGUGUAGAUUAAUGGCCAGAAAAGUAACCCAUAUUAAUUUUAAUCUAUAACAAGUGAAGGGGUGUGAAUACUUUAUCCCCAGUCACCACCCACUUUAACAGGAACACCUGUACACCUACUCAUUCAAGUAGCAGCAGCAUAUAUAAUUCAUACAAUCACACAGAUACAGGUUCAGUUAUAAUUCACAUCAGACAUGAGAAUUGGGGGAAAUGGGAUCUCAGUGACCGUGGCAUGGUUGUUGGUGUCAGAUGUGGCAGUUCUGUGGGCAGAAACACCUUGCUCAUGAGAGGAUCAGAGGAGACUGUCCAUAGUCGUUCAAGCUGACACGAAGGCUAUGGUAACGUAAAUAACCAGUUUGUACAAACGUGAUGAACAGAAAAGAAUCUCAGGAAGCACAAAACUAAACCGUGAGGUGGAUGGGCUACAACAGCAGCAGACCACAUCAGGUUCCACUCCUUUCAGCCAAGAGCAGGAGUCUGAGGCUACAGUGAGCACAGAUGAAGACUGGAACAACGUCACCUGGUCCUUUUCCAGCAAACAAUGUCACUGAGAUCAGAUUUCCCCCAUUCUGAUGUUUAACUGAACAGUAACUGAAGCUCUUGACCUGUACCUGUAGGAUUGUAUGGCUUGCGCUGCUGCAUGAUUGACUAAUCGGAUAAUUGUAUGAAGGAGCAGGUGUACAGGUGUUUCUAUAUAGGCUUGUGCAAUAGUGAGUUCUCAGUACACAUGAUUUACCACUAAAAAAAAAAUCAUGAAUUAUUUAAUUGUCCAGAGCCCAUUAAAAAAAAAAAAAAAUCAAAAGAAGCCUUUUGAGCAUUUCAGCUUUAAGAAGAAGACAGGAGCAUGAAGGUUAGCAAUAUUAGCCGCUGUGCAGUUGGGAACAGACUCCUUCACGUGUAUGUGUGUUACAGAGUAAGAUUACCAAUGCUGCAUAUACACCCCACUUUCUGAUGGGGUUUUUUGAGAACGUGAUGCUAGGUUUCUGCAUACCACACCCACAGUCUUCAGAUCACAAGAGGAAAUUCGCUUUUAUUGUAUUAAAUGUGGGCGGCACAGUGAUGUUGUGGUUAGCACUGU